AACGAUCUUGUGAAUCUUUUAAAAGUCUAGUAUAUGAUUCAGUUGUAUUUCAAAAAGCAUUUAACGUAAAAGGUUUCUCGAUAUUAAUUUGUCAACAGAAGAUUUAUAAGGAUUAAGUGCAAGAGGAAAGAUAUCUGUUCUUUUUGCUAAACUUAAAAAUGGCAUCUAGACUGGAUCCUGGAGGGAGUUCUAGAUUUGCAAAACUUGGAAUGGCUAUAAACGAUGUAUUAACUCAGGCCUACAGAGAUAUUUUAGAAAUGGAUGUUCCACCUUCUCUUGCAUUCAAUAAAGUGAAGUCUUCAUCCCUUUAUAAAAAAUUGCGUUCUGACCAGGAGCUUCUUUUAAUUGAUGCUAAAAAUUCUGGCUACAAAAACUUUGACAUUACUUUUAUGUAUACUCUUCUAAGGAAUAUUUGUACAACGAUUCCUCCACCAACAAAUGCUUGGGGAGGUAAUGACAUGCCUUCUACGAUAGAGAUUACUAUUGGAGAUGACAUUGAAAGAAUAAGAUUGAUUAGGAAUAGUGUUUUUGGACACGUGUAUUCGGCUUCUACUUCGCAACAAACAUUUGAUGACAGCUGGUCAGUUAUAUCAGAUGUUUGUCAAAGGCUUCAAACAUAUACGGGGAAAACUUACAUGGAUGGCCUUCAAAACAUUGAAAGACAGGCCCUGGAAGAAGAAUACGAAGAAGCGCUGGUAGAAAAACUGAGAGAAGAACAUGAAAAUAACAAAGAGCUCCGGGAAGAUAUGUCAACACUUCUAUCAGAUGUGAAGGAAAUAAAGGCAGGAAUGCACUUAAACAAAAUAAGUUGUCAGCAAAGAAAUAUUGACACACAAGAUGGUCCAAAAUUCGAAAAAGAUGGGCCAGUGUCUUUAAAUGAAGCAAUUAUUGCCAACUGGAAAAUGGAAAAUAAAACAUUUGUUCCCACUUUGGCAACGAAAGCAGUUGAAGAAAAACUCCAAAAUCAAAAUUUUGUCAUUGUCGUAGGCAAUUCCGGAUCAGGAAAGACUGCCACGAUUCAACAUAUUGCUUUAAAGUAUCAGAGACAGGGCUGGGAUAUCGUUCCCAUUGAUGAAGUUAGAGAAAUUAAAGAAAUGUGUUCAAGGUUCUUCACUCGGAGACUUUUUAUUAUGAAUGACCCCAUUGGAAAAGAGAAAUUGGAUGAAAUAUCUAAACAUUCAUGGGAAUCUCUUGAAAACACCAUAGAAAUUUGUUUGGAAAAAUCAAAGAUGUUGAUAUCUUGUAGACGGUGUGUGAUAAAAGACAAUGUUUUGCAAGGGCUAUUCAGAGAACAAUCCAAUAUCGUAGAGAUUGACAGUGGUAGCAAUGUUUUAACAGAUGAAGAGAAGGUGCUAAUAAUCAAACAGUAUGUGAAAGAGGGAGAUCUUUCUAAAAAUGAUAUUGAUGAAAUAAUUAAGACGGAUGCAUAUUUUCCUUUGCUCUGCAAACUCCUUGCUGUUAAUCGGCAUUACUUAGGAGAUCAUUGA